AUGGCACAAUCAGAUUCUACUCCUACCGAAGUACCACCGGAAUUCCCUCCUGAUCUCAAAUCUCCACCGCUGACAGAUCAGAUGAAUAGUCGACGCGAGGCUGGUCAAGGCGCAGUGUGUAGAAUGGCAUGUUUGAGAAGGAAAAAGAGGGAAGACAACGUAAGCAAGGCACCGGCGGAUAUCGAUGGCGUCGAAACGGUGCAUAAUGUGGAAAAGACCGUCGAAAUGAAUAAGAAUGAGGUGGAAAAGAAUGAAGUUAAACCCAAUGAGAGUAAAUGGAACCCGCUUGAUGGGUAUUACUUUUAUUAUGUAAAGGGUGUUGACAAGUGCGUUAGGCAUACUGAAGGAAUGAAUUCAUAUGAAAAGUUACCGACUGAUAAUUUGGAGACAGAUUCCGCUGCAGAAGAAUACGAGAUAGAUCUGGGUGAAAAGUUGGAGAUGACAAAAUCUGAAACGACGAGAAUCAUAAAACGAGCAUUCACUCCCGGCUACCACUUAACCAAACGUUAUAUUGAAUCCUUCACGGACGGAACACAAGCUGCAUUCUUUCGUAAAUUCACCGAGAGCGUACAGCGUCUCGAUGCGGUUCAUCUGGUCGGGGAUAAUGCGAAAAAGGCCUGGGAUGUUUGGUUUGGAGGUGAGGGAAAUGGGGAAGGCGGGGUCGAAAAUAAUGACGGAGAAAAGGGCAAAAAGGAUAAGAAUGCGAAGAAUGAUAAUCGAGGCGAUGACGAAAAGGGAUAG